GCGUUUUACUACGCCUAUGACCUUUGACGAAUCACAACUCUUCUUGUUGCAUAGACGCAACCUACCAGUGAUAGACUGAGCAUGCUGUAUGUUCGGCUGAUCCAUCAUCAGGAUAGCAGCAGGGUCUUAAACCGCUCCGUUCACCUCAACUCCAGUGCUAAAGUAAGUUAGCAUCAUUGCUCAAGAUGCCCCAGACAAACAAGUUCAAAAGUGCUUCAGCCAGCAGUGCUGCUCAGUCUGCUGGUCCAGACCGGGGAGAAGCGCUCAGAGACCCCAACGCACCUCCAGGGUACAGUGGUGGAGAUGACAACCAGGGAGACCCUCAAAUUAUUAAAUCUCCCAGUGACCCCAAACAAUACAGAUACAUUGAGCUGAGUAACGGACUGAGGGCUCUCCUGAUCUCUGAUCUGAGUGGUUUAGAUGGGAAAGCUGAAGAUGAGGAUGAUGAAGAUUCAGAAGAGGAGGAGGAGGAAGAAGAGGAGGCAGUGGGCGAGGAAGAGGAGGGAGACUCGGGGGAAGGAACGGACGAGGAAUCUUUAGAAGAAGGGGACAGUCAAGAUAGCGACUUUGAAGAGCUUGACGAGGACAACGACAGGAAGAAGAAAAAGGGAUCUGAAAAACAGUCUGCAGCGGCCCUUUGUAUUGGCGUAGGGAGUUUCAGUGACCCUAAUGACCUACCUGGCCUUGCACACUUCCUGGAACACAUGGUGUUCAUGGGCAGUGAAAAGUACCCUUCUGAAAAUGGCUUUGAUGCAUUCCUUAAAAAGCAUGGCGGCAGUGAUAAUGCUUCCACUGAUUGUGAGAGAACAAUUUUCCAAUUUGAUGUCCAGAGAAAAUGCUUCAAAGAAGCCCUUGACAGAUGGGCUCAGUUUUUCAUCUGUCCUCUUAUGAUUGAAGACGCCAUUGACCGAGAGGUUGAGGCUGUGGACAGUGAAUAUCAGCUUGCUAAGCCUUCAGACUCUCACCGUAAGGAAAUGCUCUUUGGCAGCCUAGCAAAGCCCAACCAUCCCAUGAGCAAGUUCUGCUGGGGAAAUGCACAGACCCUGAAGACUGAGCCUAAGGAAAAGAAUAUCAAUGUUUACAAGCGGCUCCGUGAGUUUUGGAAGAGAUACUACUCUGCCCACUAUAUGACCUUAGCUGUGCAGUCUAAAGAGAGUCUUGACACCCUUGAGGAAUGGGUUAGAGAAAUCUUCAGUCAGGUACCCAGCAAUGGACAGCCGAAACCUGAUUUUUCAGAACAGUUGAGCCCCUUUGAAACACCUGCCUUCAACAAACUUUACCGAGUGGUGCCUGUUAGAAAAGUACAUGCCCUCACCAUCACAUGGGCUCUACCACCUCAAGAGAAGCACUACAGGGUAAAGCCUCUGCAUUACAUUGCUUGGCUGAUUGGCCAUGAGGGAACUGGAAGUAUCCUGUCCAUGCUUAGGAGGAAGUGCUGGGCUCUGGCUUUGUUUGGAGGAAACAGUGAAACUGGUUUUGAUCAGAACACCACCUAUUCAAUAUUUAGUAUCUCCAUCACUCUGACUGAUGAGGGCUUCCAGAACUUCUAUGAGGUUGCUCAUCUGGUCUUCCAGUACUUGAAAAUGCUUCAGACCCUUGGGCCCCAACAGAGAAUAUAUGAAGAAAUUCAAAAGAUUGAGGCCAAUGAAUUCCACUAUCAGGAGCAGACUGAUCCUAUUGAAUACGUGGAGGACAUCUGUGAAAACAUGCAGCUGUUCCCAAAAGAGGACUUCUUAACAGGAGACCAGCUAAUGUUUGAUUUCAAACCGGAGGUGAUCUCUGCUGCACUAAACCUCCUCACACCAGAGAAGGCCUACUUGCUCCUUUUGUCCCCCGAGCAUGAAGGCCAGUGCCCACUCAGGGAAAAGUGGUUUGGGACCCAGUACAGUGUAGAGGACAUACAGCAGCACUGGAGAGAGCUUUGGGCAGGAGAUUUCGAUUUAAACCCGAGCUUUCACCUGCCUGCUGAAAAUAAGUUCAUCGCCACCGAUUUCACCCUCAAAACCUCUGACUGUCCAGACACAGAGUACCCUGUCAGAAUAAUGAACAAUGACAGAGGGUGUUUGUGGUAUAAGAAGGACAACAAGUUCAAGAUCCCCAAAGCGUACAUGCGGUUCCACCUCAUAUCACCUGUGGUUCAGAAGUCUCCAAAAAACCUGGUGCUUUUUGACCUGUUUGUGAAUAUCCUGGUGCAUAACUUGGCGGAGCCGGCCUACGAAGCUGAUGUGGCCCAGCUAGAAUAUAAAUUGGUUGCAGGAGAGCAUGGUCUUGUCAUCAAGGUUAAAGGCUUCAACCACAAACUACCGUUGCUGUUCAACCUGAUUGUGGAUUAUCUCGCUGAUUUCUCCGCCGCUCCUGAUGUAUUCAGCAUGUUUGCAGAGCAGCUAAAGAAAACCUACUUUAACAUCCUCAUCAAGCCUGAGAAGCUUGGAAAAGAUGUGAGGCUUCUGAUUCUAGAGCACUCUCGCUGGUCAACCAUUCAGAAGUGCCAGGGUCUGCUGGAUGGGCUCAGUGUGGAUGAGCUCAUGGAGUUUGUGGGCAGCUUCAAGUCAGAGCUAUAUGCUGAAGGAUUAGUGCAGGGAAACUUCACUAGCACUGAAUCCAUGGGAUUUUUGCAGUAUGUUACAAACAAAUUGCAAUUCAAGAAGCUGUCAGUAGAGGUCCCUGUUCUCUUCAGAGUGGUAGAGCUUCCUCAGAAGCAUCAUCUCUGCAAAGUGAAGUCUCUCAACAAGGGAGAUGCAAACUCUGAGGUCACUGUGUAUUACCAGCAGUGGUUGUAAUAUAUAUAUAUAUAUAUAUAUAUAUUGUAGAUGCACAUGGAGGAGCCAUGCUUUGACUUCCUCCGAGCCAAAGAGACACUGGGAUAUCAUGUCUACCCAACCUGUAGAAACACAUCAGGUGUUCUUGGAUUCUCAGUCACAGUGGAGACUCAGGCCACCAAGUUCAACACUGAGCUGGUGGAGACAAAGAUUGAGGAGUUUCUGGUGAGCUUUGGAGAAAAGAUGAACAGCUUGAGUGAUGAGGCUUUUAAGACACAGGUGACUGCUCUCGUAAAACUGAAGGGUUGCGAAGACACCCAUCUCGGCGAGGAGGUGGACAGGAACUGGACAGAGGUGGUCACGCAGCAAUAUGUCUUCGACAGACUCAGCCGAGAGAUUGAUGCACUGAAACUCAUGACCAAGGCUGAACUUGUGAACUGGUUCAUGGAACACCGGGGUGAAGGCAACAGGAAGCUCAGUGUUCAUGUUGUUGGUUAUGGAGUAGAAGAGAACGACCCUCCUAGUGAAGAACAGCCGGCCGCUAGAGAGGAAGAGGAGGAAGGCAGUAAGAUGUCAUUGUAUGGGGAGGUUUCCAAACUCACCUUCCUUCCUGCUUCCACUUUACUGGCUUCAGCUACUACCAUCACAGACAUCCGGGCCUUCAUUUCUACCCUCAGUCUCUACCCUUACCACAAGAUUCUUAAAUAAACAAAAGCAUGGACUCAUUCUGCCAGAUGGCACACAGGCACGCACCCCCCUACCUCCAUCUUCCAUCCUUUCUUCUCAUCUACUCUGUCAUACUUGAGCAAGGAUGAGCUGGGGCCGGCGGUCUCCUGAUGAUCUCGUACUUGAGAAACGAGCUUCAGCCAUGUGUGCGUUCAUAUAAUGAGCCCUGCUGUUGAAAUGACAUUGCUGUGAAUGUUGUGUGUUUGUGUGUGCGGGCGGGCAUGGACUGGUCUCAGAUUGGGGGUCCUGCUGACAGACGCAGAUCAUAAACAUGACUUGGAACAUAAACAUGACUUUAAACUACUCAGAAUUGUGUGUAUUUUAUCAAUAGGUCUGCAGUGUUAAGUUUGUACUAAUACAUUUAUAAUGUUCUGACACUGUGCUGAAAAGUAUGAGAUAUAUUUGAGUGAAAUGAUGCUUGAUGCUGAGGAUGUGUAAUGGUGCUCAGAGGUGGGCAUUUGAGCAUGUAAGACCAAAAUGAUGCUUCUCUUACUGCUAUAGCAUCAUUCUGCAUUUGGAAGAACUUCAACCUGUAAACUGAGCAAUGGCUAAUAUCACUGCUUAAAUUCGGAAUGUGCAAAUAUAUAUUUAUUAAAAGCACCAUGAAGCUACUAAUGGACUGCAUUUGAAUGCCUUCAUCUCUUUCAUAAAUCACAAUUUAAUUGUUUAAAAAUGAAACAUAAACAUGGAA